AUGAAGCUCUACGCCAUCGGGGACCUGCACCUCGGCUACGAGCUCAACAAAAAGGCCCUACAGGAGCUGACGCCGCACCCGGGCGACGGCCUGAUCCUGUGUGGCGAUGUGGGCGAGACGGCCGAGCACCUCGAGCUAGCCUUCACCGCAGCCAAGGCCAACUUCGACGAGGUCUUCUGGUGUCCGGGGAACCACGAGCUGUACACCCUGACGACCAAGACCGAGCUGAAAGGCGAGGACAAGUACGCCGAGUGCGUCGAUAUCGCGCGCAAACACGGUGUCCGGACCCCCGAGGACGACUUCUACCGCUGGGAGGGCGAGGGCGGACCCGCGCUCAUCGCGCCGAUAUUCACGCUUUACGACUACAGCUUCCGUCCGGCUCACGUCUCGCGCGAGGGCGCACUCAAGUGGGCCGAGGAGGCCGACACGGUGGCCACGGACGAGUUCAUCCUGCACCCGGACCCGCACGCCUCGCGCGACGAUUGGUGCCGCGCCCUCGUCGGCAAGACGGAACGGAAGCUCGAGGAGGCCGCGCGGGUGGGCGGACUGCCGCUUAUCAUCGCGAACCACUGGCCGCUGCGCGAGGACCUGGUUUUCAUCCCGCGCGUACCACGGUUCAGCCUCUGGUGCGGCACCAAGAUGACCGAGGACUGGCACACGCGGUUCCGCGCCAAGGUCGUCGUGUCGGGCCAUCUGCACGUGCGGCGGACCGACUGGAAGGACGGCGUCCGGUUCGAGGAGUGUAGCCUGGGGUAUCCGAAGCAGUGGGAGCACGCUAAGGAGAGCGGGAAGGGUAUCGACGACAUGCUGCGAGAGAUUUUGCCGGGUCCGCCGGCGCCCGAGUCAGGAUCGGCGGAGACGCAGUGGCGACGCUUUGGAUGA